AAAAAAAGUAUAAUUACCAUUUAAUUUAUUGUUUUUUUAUCAAUUGUCAACAAUUAAGUAAAGUAAUUCUAAUGUUUUGUGUGUAAAAAUGGUUUUAAUCUAAUUACCAUUUGGAGCAUUUAUCAUCCUUUUUUUGAAUACUGACAUAACCUUUCUUUCUGUUUGUCAGUGCGCUAGAAGGAAGGUUGAUCUUCAAAAAUUCUCAGGAUGGUGUAGGACAGCUGAUAAUUACCAAAAAUCCCUUUCACCUUUAAGUUUGAACGGAUCCUGCAUUGGAUUGUCUGCCAUCGUGAGUGAUUCAAAAGAACUAUCUGUGAGAUGCUGAUUAUUUGGCAAUAUGUUUGGAGCACAACACCAAAUUUAAUUUCCUUUCAAGUAAUAAACGAUCCCGGCUCAUCAGAUGCAAUCCACACCCAAAGGGAACCACCGUGUUCCACAUCAAGAACCAAUAUCGCCUUAUACACCACCGGAUUUAGCAGCAAUACCCCACAUGGAUGGUUCACCAUCGGCGAGUCCUCGUAACAAUUUAAAUAAUAAAACAACCGGACCCUAUAUCAUUGGCUCGCCGAUUGAUCUCAGUGAAAUUGAUAAUGUCGACAAUGUACAAAUACGUCUCGAUCCACGGAAUAAUUUAGAAAAUCAGGAGAGUGGCGAAAUUGUUGAAUUAAGCACAAGACCUCUUGAGGAGAGAAGCGAAACGGACAUGCCUAGGCAACAACUCUCGCAGCAGGAAUCCGAAAUCCAGGAGGAGAGAGUCGUGUUUGUUAAUGUUCUCCAUCAGCCGGCAAAGUAUCGGAACAAUCAUGUGACAACGGCGAAAUAUUCAAUUUUGUCCUUUGUUCCAUCUUUUCUCUUCGAACAAUUUCGAAGGUAUAGUAAUUGUUUUUUUCUCUUCAUUGCUUUGAUGCAGCAAAUUCCGGAUGUCUCGCCAACUGGAAGGUAUACGACACUAGUGCCGUUGAUCUUUAUUUUGAGUGUGUCGGCAAUUAAGGAAAUUGUUGAGGACAUAAAAAGGCAUCGGGCGGACGAUGAGACGAAUAUGCGCGAGGUCGAGGUGCUGAGGGACGGUAAAUGGCAAUUGGUACAGUGGAGAAACGUGUCCGUUGGCGAUGUGGUAAAAGUCCACAAUAACACAUUCUUCCCGGCCGAUUUGAUUCUCCUGUCGAGUUCCGAACCCCAGGGGAUAAGUUUCAUAGAGACGGCGAAUUUAGACGGUGAGACGAAUCUAAAAAUCCGACAAGCGCACACCGACACCAGCACUCUUCUCGAUACGGUGGAGCUGAUGAAUUUUCGCGCCAACAUUCAAUGCGAAGCGCCUAAUCGUCAUUUGUAUGAAUUCAACGGAGUGCUGCGCGAGACAAACAAACAGAGUAUUCCCCUAGGUCCGGAUCAAUUACUCCUAAGGGGUGCAAUGCUCAGGAAUACGAAAUGGGCAUUCGGUGUUGUUAUCUACACGGGGCAUGAUACAAAACUAAUGCAAAAUAAUACGACAACAGCGCCUUUGAAACGUUCCACACUUGAUCGAAUGACAAACACGCAAAUAUUAAUGCUCUUCUUUAUACUACUCUUCCUCUGCUUGCUUUCGGCCGUAUUUAAUUACCUCUGGAUGAAUGCGAACGAAAAUGGUCUCUGGUAUCUUGGAUCAAAGAACGAUAUCUCGAGGAACUUUGCCAUAAAUCUCUUGACAUUUAUCAUUCUCUUUAAUAAUUUGAUACCAAUCUCGUUGCAAGUCACAUUGGAAGUUGUCCGCUUUAUACAGGCGACUUUCAUCAACAUGGACAUUGAAAUGUAUCAUCCCGAUACUGAUACACCGGCAAUGGCGAGAACGAGUAAUUUAAAUGAGGAAUUGGGAAUGGUUGGUUAUAUUUUCACUGAUAAAACGGGAACUCUGACGAAAAAUGUGAUGGAAUUCAAGAGGUGCACCGUCUCGGGAAAAGUUUACGAUUUGCCGAUUGUGGAGAAACCGAGUGACGUCAGUGAAACGAAUGGAAUUACAAGUAGACCGGGAAGUGGUUCGUCGAGAAAUAUGGAGACGACGGUUAAUUCGACAUCGACAUCGGCUUCGUCGUCGUCAUCGUCAUCGUGCAGUGAAUUUGAUUGUCAAUUGGUGAAGGAUAUUGUUCAGGGGAGAAAGAGUACGGAUCGUAAUCGUACGAAACAUGCGGCUAUUUUGCAUGAAUUUAUGAUAAUGCUGUCGGCUUGUCAUACGGUGAUACCGGAGAAAGUUGAUAAUACGAUUGUUUAUCAUGCGGCGUCGCCUGAUGAGAGGGCACUUGUCGAUGGAGCGAGAAAGUUUGGAUAUAUUUUCGAAACCAGAACACCGACUUAUGUGGAAAUUAUUGCACUUGGCGAACGAUUGAGAUAUGAAGUGUUGAAUGUUAUUGAAUUCACGUCGUCGAGAAAGAGAAUGUCAAUUAUUCUACGAACACCGGAGGGGAAAAUUAAGAUUUAUUGCAAGGGAGCGGAUUCGGUGAUUUAUGAAAGAUUGGCAACGACACCAACUGGUGAGAGUGAUAUUGAACCGGAAGGUUUUGAUGAUUUUCGAGAUGUUACUCUUGAGCAUUUGGAAGCAUUCGCUACUGAGGGUUUGAGGACACUUUGUUUUGCCGUUGCUGAUGUUCCUGAGAACAGAUAUCAAUGGUGGAAGGAGCUCUAUCACAAAGCACUCACAAGUAUAAACGAUCGUGAUACAAAAGUCGAGGACGCGGCAAAUUUGAUAGAAAACAAAUUAACACUCCUCGGUGCAACGGCAAUUGAAGAUCAACUACAGGAUCAAGUACCGGAAACAAUUCAAUCUCUAAUACAGGCCGACAUUAAAGUCUGGGUAUUAACUGGCGAUAAACAGGAGACGGCAAUAAAUAUUGGCUACUCAUGUAAAUUAAUAUCACACACAAUGCCAUUGAUAAUAGUGAAUGAAUCGUCACUCGAUAAAACACGCGAAGCGAUUGUUCAGCAUUGUCACGAUCUCGGACAGGAUUUAAAGUGCCAAAAUGACGUUGGUCUCGUGAUUGACGGACACAGUCUUCAGCAUGCCCUCUCGUGUGAUUUAAGACGUGAUUUUCUCGAUUUGUGUAUAUCGUGUAAGGUGGUGAUUUGCUGUCGUGUGUCGCCAAUGCAAAAGGCAGAGGUCGUCGAUCUUGUCACGACGAGUACGCACAGUGUGACAUUGGCAAUUGGCGACGGUGCCAACGAUGUGGCAAUGAUACAAAAGGCUCAUAUUGGAGUUGGAAUAUCGGGCGUUGAAGGAUUGCAGGCAGCGUGCGCGAGUGAUUAUUCAAUAGCGCAAUUUCGUUUUUUGAAGAGAUUGCUAUUUGUUCAUGGCUCUUGGAACUAUAGUCGAAUGUGUAAAUUAAUAUUGUAUUCAUUCUACAAGAAUAUUUGUCUUUAUGUGAUUGAAUUGUGGUUUGCGAUCUAUUCCGGCUGGUCCGGACAAAUUUUAUUUGAAAGAUGGUCGAUUGGAUUGUAUAAUGUGGUGUUCACUGCGGCACCGCCAUUGGCAAUGGGACUUUUUGAUAAGGUCUGCUCGGCGGAAACGCAUUUGGCACAUCCGCGAUUGUACGCGACGAAAAAUGACAGUGAAUACGCUUUUAAUAUCAAGGUUUUCUGGAUUUGGAUUUUUAAUGCCUUGAUACAUUCGUCGUUACUUUAUUGGCUGCCGUUGUUCGCAUUGCAGCAGGACGUCAUUUGGAAGAAUGGACGUGAUGGGGGUUAUUUAGUUUUGGGAAAUAUUGUCUACACUUAUGUGGUGGUGGCUGUUUGUGUAAAAGCUGGAUUGAUAACGAAUUCAUGGACUUGGGUGACGCAUUUGGCGACGUGGGGUUCAAUUAUUUUGUGGUUUUUGUUUGUAUUGAUUUACAGUAAUUUUUGGCCGUUUAUUAAUGUUGGAGCGGUGAUGUUGGGAAAUGAUAGAAUGAUAUUUACGUCGCCUGUCUUUUGGUUGGGAUUGAUAUUGAUACCGUCGGCUGUUUUAAUGUUGGAUGUGAUUGUAAAGGCAGUGAAGAAUACUGUUUGGAAAUCGUUGACGGAGGCGGCGAGGGAACAAGAAAUUAAUAAAUCUGAUUUGAGGGAUGUCUUUCAAAAUCAAGACUAUCGAAGUUCAUUGACCGAGACUGCGAGGUUGUUGAAAAAUGUUAAAAAUGUUUUUACACGAAAGCCUAAUGCUGCUUCUACUUCUAAUAUUGAGGUGGAAUUGUCACAUGGAUUUGCUUUCUCGCAAGAGGAAGGGGGAACUGUCACGCAGACAGAUGUCAUUCGAGCAUACGAUACUAAUCUUCCAAAACCGGGAGGAAUGUAAUUUUUCUCGCGUGAAAAUUCGGGAGAAAUGGAAUAUUUUUUCCUGACGAAAAUUCGGAGAAAUAU